UUGUUUGCAAUGAAAUCCUUGCUCAUACACUUUGUUAGUAGCUAAUUGUUAUUAAAGGUUAGUCUGAGCCUUUUUAUGUGGAAACUUAACUUCGAUCAUCGGGUGGAUAUUGUUCUUUGAUUGUUUUCGUUGGUGAUAUGAAAAACUCUUGCACAACCUUUGAAGAUUGCACCGUCUUUGUGUAGUUGUACAAAGUUGGCGAAGCAAAGUGCGGUUGGUUUCACCCAAGCAAUCAUUGUAUCUUUGUUCUUAGAGUUAGCAUAGCUUUCCUAAACCCUCUCUUGUUUACUUUUUGCAUAUUUCAACCCAAAAAUCCUAAAAAGGAGCUUUUCGUUGGCAAAUCAUUCGUGAAUCGAAUUCCUUGAAAGUUAUAAAUUGUUUAAUCUUCUUCAUGUGUGCGUAAGUCCCCUUGGAUUAUCGGCAAAUCACAUCAAGCCUACUGAGUCACAUCCAUUGCAUAACCAAAACCUUGGAGUCAAUUGUUUGAACUUACUGCAAUCUUAGCAUACGAUUGAAUUUUGAUAAAGAGAGAGUAUAGUGAUCGUUGGGCAACUUUAUUCUGUGUUAGGCAAUAGGCGCUAUCAUAAAAAUGUUAACAAUUGACACUCAUUUGAUUGGUUUCAAUAUGUUAUCAUUGAUGGCAACAUGUUCCGGCUUUCAUAUCUUGGUUUGGUUGUUUACCGGCAGACACUUCAUUGGCACCGACACUGGCAGGUAUCUUCACCGGUAGGAGGAAUUCUAUGGCUGCCGGCAUUGCAAGCCGACAUGACUUCAUCAGGAUACUGGUAUAGGAGGCCGACAUCAUUUGGAAGAUCUGGCAAUCGGCAAUUGAUUUUGAUAUUUAUGUAUAUAUGUAAUUGAGCCAACAUGUAUAUUCAUUUUGUAAUUAUCUAUGUAAGCCGACAUAAGGCAUGAAGGAUUGUAAGGGUAUAUAGGUUAGUUGAUUAGAUCAUUUUGUGAUAUGUUAGAUGAUGUGAUGUAAUAUGAGUGAGAGAGAUAAUUGUAAUGCGAGGAAUGUUGAUUAUGUAAGAGGUUAUUCCGGUAAGGGUUUAGGGUUUCAAAAUCGGAACAGUCAGAGCUUGAACCGGAACUCAAUCAGGCAUAGCAGAUGCAUUAUAUGAGUUCUACUGUUAUUGCAAAUCCUAUUGUUAUAGCACCUACUUUUAUUGCAAAUCCUAGUGCUGUGGAGGUUAAGGAUCGUCCUAGGCCGACUUUCAAACAAUGUCCGCAUAUUGCCACCUUGGAUGACUCGGUUGGCGCUUUUUCCCGUGUCCAGGAAGGAGUUGUAUAUGUGGAAGAUGUCAGAACAUACAUUCACUGCCACAUUGAGGAUUUGGGUACCAGUGAUAUCAAGAGCAUGUAUAUGAGCGAGUUGAUGGGAGACUCCGGAAAGAUCAAGCCCGAGUACAAGCACAUUGAGGAUCUAGGGUUUACCGACAUUAUGGAUAUUCCUGAAUUUGAGGAUGAGAUUACAAGAUAUGUUUUGAGCAGAGUGCAUGGAGAAUUCAUUUGGUUGGACAAACCUUAUAAGAUCUCGAAGGAGGCCAUUCGAGCCAUCACCGAUUUGCCACAGAUUGGUCAGUGUCCAGAGAAGAAGAUUUCUAAUGAUCAGGUUAACAAACUCACCAGCGAUCGAUCAGGGUUAGCACCAUUACAGAUAGAGAUAUCAGAUUCGGUAGCAUGAUUAUUGCAUACAAGGUUACUCAAUCCAAUCGACUUAAUUCUGUUUCUAGCCCCUGCAUUUAUGCUGCACAUAAGAUCAUGAGGGAAAAUGAGAAGUUAGAUCUCUGUGGAUGGAUGUUAGAUGAGUUGUUAAUUAACCUAGGGAAGAUCAAAGGGGAGAAGAAGGGAACAUUCCGGUAUGGAAAUCUUAUUGUCUGUUUGAUGCUAUUUUUCAUUAAUGAAACUCCCAGUUUUGGGAAGAGACAAUGGGCAUUUGAUAUCCUGGUAGGAAGACAAUUGAAACAAUCUAUUGCUACAUUGAGUAGUCAGUGAGAUGAUAAAGUUUGGGGUUACUUCCAGGCAUUCCAGAAGGCUAUGAAAUCUAGAGAAAGGGUUCCAAAGCAAAUUGUUGAGAAAUACUCAACCGAGAUAUGCUUCAUGAUUAAAAAGGAUGAAACCUUGAUGGAAGCAGUCAAACCUCGAAAGACAUGGAUUGAAGAGAUGGGUUAUGAAGUUGAUGCACAGAUUUUGGAUGCUUAUGCAAAGAUGUUAAUUGAUGCACCUAUUGAUAAGCUGAGAAAUCCUUUGGUACUGCAGAACAAAAGAAGCAAGAGGUUCAAACUGAGUUUAACUGGAAGAAGAGGGAGAAACAACAAGGCAAGGCUAGCAAAUUUGUUGAACAAGUAUCUUAGGACAUCAAGGCAUUAAUGGAUGCUCUGGAAAAAGGAAGGAAGAGGAAAGAGCCUGAAAUUUUUAUUGAGCCUAUUCCAUCAGACUCUGGAACUGAAGAUGACACACCCUUAGCAUUCAAGAGGGUAUUAAGGAAGAAAGGUGAAGAAUCUAAGGAGGAAGCAAGGAAGCAACCGGUAAGGAAGGUUACAAUCAAGGUACCGGCAAAGAAAAAAGCUCCAAAGGAAACACCUUCUGCACCAUUCGGUACUGGAAGAAGAAAGAAGAUGGAUGACACAAACCUAGCAAUUGGCAUCGGUAAUGUAACUAUUAUUCCACCUAAGACUUGUGCAGAAUUGGUAGAUGAAAUUAUUGAGAAUGGUAUGUUGAAAAAUGUACAAUUAUAUUAUGAGCAUUUAGAUGAUGAUGAGCAAAGAGAAGUUGAGGAAGCAGUUUUGUUAUAUUUGGAUAUAUAUAAGAAAGCUUUGUUGGAAAUUGAGAAGCAAAUAUCGGCACAACUAUAUGACAACCUAGAUGGUAGAAGAUUAUCAGCUAUCGAGGAGGAUAAGCAGAUAAAGAUUCAAGAGUUGUUAACUACUUGUGGAUCCAUUACUCUAGAGGAGUUGGAUAGGACACUCGAGGUUGCAGACAAAAAAAUCUUUCACAGCAAGCAUAGGAUAGUCAGUCUUAUGUUAGGAAGGGUUAAUGAUACAAUUAGUGAGACCCACAAGGCAUGGGUCCAAUUCUUUGCUGAAAACCCUGGUUUCUACACUUCACCGAAGGCUAAAACUGACACUACAGACAUCCCUGUUGAAGGGAAAGGUAAAGGCAUAAUGGGUACCUCAUCUACAAUUUUGAAAGAUAUUAAGAUAUUGGAUAUAAAGCCCCCGGUAGAAUCUAAUGUACAUGACACAAAGGUGAUACCGGCAAAUGUAGAGAUACUGACAGAUUCAGAGAGUGUACAGGUUAUAAAUGUUGAGGACAAUAGUCCUUCGGAUCAGAAUGUACAGGUUGAGGACACAAUUCAUAAGGAGGAACCAACAGUAACUGAUACUGCACCAAGUGGCGAAGCCACCAGUGCAAAAGAGGAAGCUAUGAAAGUUGAUAAACCAUCAGAGGAGAAGAAAGAGGAAUCCGGCAGGGAACUAGUAGUGAGCGCAUCAUUGUUGUCAAUUGACACCUCACAGGUAGAACAAAAAAGCUUAACUGAGAUGAGUUCUACUGAGCUCGUGAUGAUAGUUGCACAAAAGAUGAUGAAGGAAGGAUCUGUGGACAAAGGAGUUAUUGAUCAAUCAAUCCCAAUUUUGCAUAGACUUGUCCCGGAGUGCAAAUUUGACAAAGGAGCAAGCCCAUCCGGCAAGCUUAAAACAAUCACAGAGCGCAUUUCUAAGGACUUUCAAUCUUUACACCAGAUAUCUAACCGACAGGCACUGGAGAGGUUUACACAAGCUAAGAGAGCUACUUUUGAUCAGAUGAUUGAAUCGGAGAAGAAAGAGAUUAUUGAUAAACUAAAGUUGAUUGAUAAUGCUUUAAGGCAAUGUACAAAUAUUUAUAGAGUAUGUUGCAACACAGGUUUACUUACAACAGAUUUAGAUAAGAGGAUUAAGGAUACUCAGGAGAAGAUUGUAGGUAUUAUCAAUUCUUUUGAUGGCUCAAAUUCUUUGACUACAUCUAUUGAUGGUUAGAUCUUAUUGUUGGAAGCUCAAGUUUCAGCUCUUGAGAGGGAUACGGAUAAAAUCAUUAGGAGAGCUAAAGGUCUCAGAGGAUUGGUGAGUCCCUGGUUGGACUCAUUAAGUGUACAUAAGGAGUAUUGAUAUGGUUGGUAGGCCCACACCGACAAAACUUAAGGAUAAAGAGUCAUAUGCUCACAUGCUUAAUGGACUUGUAUCUGUUUCCAGCACAUUCAAAUCCGGUUGGGAUACUUAUCUAGAGCUUUUGGAGAAAGCCUAUCUGGAAAUUUUCAAAUAUAUUCAGCUUCGGUAAGGUGUUUUGGGACAUUCUUUGUACAGUCUUUCAUUCUUCGUCCCGGUUUUUGGUAUUUUUUUUGGCAUUGAUGUCAAAGGGGGAGGUAUAGGUGAAAAAUAUAUUCUUGACAUCGGGAGGUCUGGAGUAUUUUGUUCAAAUCAUGAUCACAAAUGGACAUUCAGCUCAAGGGGAGCAGUCUCAGGGUGAAACUGGCAGAUGGAAACCACUAUCAUUUUUCACAUGAGUGUUGCCAUCAAUGCCAAAGGGGGAGAUUGUUGGCAAUUGACACUCAUUUGAUUGGUUUCAAUAUGUUGUCAUUGAUGGCAACAUGUUCCGGCUUUCAUAUCUUGGUUUGGUUGUUUAUCGACAAACACUUCACCGACAUCGGCACCGGUAGGUAUCUUCACCGGUAGGAGGAAUUCUAUGGGUACCAGCAUUGCAGGCCGACAUGACUUCAUUAGGAUACUGGUAUAGGAGGCCGACAUCAUUUGGGAGAUCCGACAAUCGGCAAUUGAUUUUGAUAUUUAUGUAUAUGUGUAAUUGAGCCGACAUGUAUAUUCAUUUUGUAAUUGUCUAUGUAAGCUGACAUAAGGCAUGAAGGAUUGUAAGGGUAUAUAGGUUAGUUGAUUAGAUCAUUUUGUGAUAUGUUAGAUGAUGUGAUGGAAUAUGAGUGAGAGAGAUAAUUGUAAUGCGAGGAAUGUUGAUUAUGUAAGAGGUUAUUCCGGUAAGGGUUUAGGGUUUCAGAACCGGAACAGUUAGAGCUUGAACCGGAACUCAAUCAGGCAUAGCAAAUGCAUUAUAUGAGUUCAGUUUUAUGUUUUCUUAUUCAAAGUGAUUGUAGUCAGUGAGACUCCUUUGUGAUGAGCAGUGUGCUCUAGGCUGUAAGCCUUCCUGCAAGUGCAGGUCCCCAUAUUUUGUAAUAUAUCUUCACAUGGCCAAUAGAUUGAUAUUGUGGGUCAUAAAUUCCACCGUGGUUUUUCCUCUUUGAGGUUUUCCACCUAUAAUUCUCUAUGUUAUGGUAUUCAUUUGUGUGAUUGGCUUAUUGAUUGCUUUACUUCUUUCAAUCUUAUAUGUACCGGUUUACCGGUUGGUGAAUGCAUAUUUUAAUAAGGUUAAAAUUGAUCAUUCCGGUAGAACACUGAUUCACGCCCCCCCCUCUCAGUGUUCUUGGAUUCCAACAAAAAAACACGUCAACAUGCCCCUUAUAACUUAAUUUUUAGAGAACAAAACAAAAUUUGAAAAUUUAAUUAGUUUUGUAAGGCUCCUAGACUAUAGAAUGCAAAGCCAAUGCCCUUGUAUCUUGGUUCUCCCUUCGGUUGUGGUCAUGAUCAUCAAAUGCCUCAUUUGAGAUGGCUAAAUCUUUAUCAUCAAAUAGCAGCUUUUCAUCAGCUUUGAUCCUUUUUAUUUUGUAUCAAUUUCAUCAAGGUUAUUGUGUUGAGCAUCUUUGAUUAAAUAAUAUUUAGAUUUAGAUAAUGUCUAGCGAUGUGGAGAUUGUUGGAACAUGUUUGCGGUUGCGCCAAAAGAUCAACCUGUUAAAGCCCAAUACAAACGCCAGAGAUAAACGGAUCCACAAGAGGUUGUUAGUCCAUGUGUUUGAAGGGAGACAUUGGCGAUUAGUCCAACAAUCUCCUCAUCAGCGUCACAUGAGAGGAUUUGAACUCGCGACCUAACUUUGAUACAAAUUGUUGGAACACAUUUGCCGUUGUGCCAAAAGAUCAACUUGUUAACCCCCGAUACAAAUGCCAAAGAUAAACGGAUCCACCUGAGGCUGUUAGUCCAUGUCCCAAAUCCAAAGAGGGCCACUAGCGAUUAGCCCAACAAAGAUAACAACCAUCUAGCAUUAAUAAUCUCCCAUAUUGGCGUGUACAUGCUUGUUAUUCUACAUUUUAUAACUUGCUGCCUUCUUUGUCCUAUUUAUGGCCUUGUAAAAAUAACCCAUGGGAGAUUUUUCCCCAUCAACUAAUCUUAGCAUUUUGAUCAAGUAAAUUUGCACAAUCUCAUGUGCAUUUGUCCAAAACAAUUAAAAAACAAGGCAUGCAUUGGCGAUGUCAUCCAUGUGAUUGCCAAAGCUGGAUUCAGACUAAUUUGAUAAAACAUACAUGUUUUUGACGUUCAUUGUGCACAUCAAUUUUGCAAUGCAAUGAAGUGAGUGGCAAAUUGGAGCACACUUGGUUGAGUGAGUUUCUUACCCUAGUAAAGAAUCCCGCCAUACCAAAACCCUAGUGUGAUUACAUAAGAACUUAGUGAUGGGUCUCCCCCUUUCUAUUGUAGCCGUAACCCAUAAAAGUUUUCCAAUGUCUGGUUAAAUCAACACAAUACAUUGCACAUGGGCUUCAAAAAUAUGUAGGGUAUUGCUCUAUUAGAAGUUUUCCCUCCACUACACAAUUAGUUGCAUUAUUCAUGAAAUUUAACCAUGCAUUUUGACUCAACCCUAGUCACUACCACAGCAAACAAGAAGAAACCCAUCUCGGCUGAUUUCACUCUCAUAUGCAUACAUAGAUUUGAAGAAGAUCGUGCCAAUCUUGGAUGCCACAAGGAAAUUGAUCAUUAUAUUGUUCCUUCUAUCCAUCCACUUAUUUAAUAUUAUGGUGUAACAUGUCUUUGUGUGGUCCUUGUGAUGCUCAACAAAUAACUCGCGAACAUCUUGUACUGCUUCUUUUAGCAUGUCAACUCGUAAGGCUCUCUUAUGAUGGGGCAGUCAAACCAAGACUCACAACACCAAUGGCAUCAACGACUACUUGCCAAUAGGUAGGACGUUCAACAUUGAAUGGGAAGCUUUACUAAUGCUAGAAGUCUAUAUAAAAUGCAUUACAAAUCAUCAAGUGAGGGAAUAAACGGCUGUUAUCGAUUGAUACAAAGUUCUGAUUAGCAAAUCAGACUACUGCAACAUGAAAAAUGAGACCAAAUAACAUUGAUAAACAAUAUGUUCAAGUGCCCAACAUGAAGAAUACCUCUGGUAGAUGAAACAAGAGACUGAUGUAGGUCUGAUUUUACUUUGUAACUGCUGUCAUUUUGUCAAACAGAUUUGAUGCACUGUUAAUAUGCUGCAAACUCCUUUGUAUGUUGAUGAAACACCCCAAAAAGCAUGAAUCACGCUCCAAACUGAGACAGCAAAGAAAUAUGCACUCCAAACUGCCACUAAUACACACCCAAACACACCGAAACUGAAAAUUAGCAAAAUGUUAGGAGGCAAUCUGACUUGCACAGGUCUGAUAUAAAAUUGGAAACUGGAAUAGCACACCCAAAACUUCAUAAAUCAAGCAUAAUGUUAGAAAACCCACUCAAAGAGUCUAUGGUGGGGUUUUUCAGCCUAGGUGUCACCUUUCCAACAGAAAAUAGCUCCUAAAAGGAAGCGCUUGGACUCCUAUUUCGCAUGCCUCUGUUACAUGUUAUGACCAACAAGACUUGGUAUGGCCUUUUUUCCCUAAAUUCUCAAUCCCAAGUAAUGUAAGGAAUGAAAUAGAGAUAUCAUUUACCAAUUAGGUCGUGAUUGAGACCCCUCAAACAUGUUAGAUAUAAAAUCGAUCAUUCCUACUAGGGUUAGGGACAUUAUCUUAAUCGUUAUUGUAAAUUACAUAAUAUACAUGUGGGACUCCCUUAAGGCUUUUCCCAACAACCCCUCAUCAUUAUGGAGCACCACCUGGGAGAUCAUACAAGGCGCCUCGAGCUGUUCCAUCCAGCCCAAGAGCAUGGAAUGACAUCUGUCAUUCGGCCUCCCAGCCCCACUUGGGGUAUCUCUACCAGAAUGGCUUCCUAGCUACUUGCAUUCCUCAUAUGCACUAUCUCCCCUCCAUAAUGGGACGGCAGAUUGGCUGAAGCUUUAUAGGAAUCUCUAUUAUAAUUAAUUACUCAUAUCUAUAUAUACUAAUAAUAAUAGGGAUGAUAACAUUAAUUACUAAGCAUUAAUAUAGGAUGCCUAAAUAUGAUCAAGAUUAUGUAGCAUCAUACACAGCACUUGGUAAUUAACCAAGUCUGCUGAUAUCUUUGCAAAUAUAACUCUUUACUUUAUUUGUUUCCCUUUCUAUUGUCUGCUGUUCCAUCUAGUAUAUGGAUCUGUUUUUGUUCUCUUCUUCUUUGCAGAUUGAUCUGAUAUAGCCUCUAAGAGGAGGCAUAGAGUCAUCUCCUUUGCAAGAGUUGCCUUGCUUCCCAAGCACGUGUCUCUUCCUUGCUGAUCGCUGUCCCUUCAAGACAUGAUCCGCUUUUGGAAUUAGUAUGCCUUGAAUGAAUCCGUGAAUGAUCCACCAACACCUCCUAUUUAUACCUUUCAACUAACACCUCUUCAUCAAAGGUUGCAACCUUUCACAGGUUGGCUAGCAAUUAGAUUUAAUUAUACAUUUUAUUAUUUCCAAACCCUUGCCCAAAGCUGGUCGCUCCAUGGAGGUCAGCCCUAGCAAACACAAACUCAGUCAGCCGUUAAAUAAUCACAAGCAUUUUAUUUUAUUAUUUUUUAUUAGCAAUUUACUGUUAUUAAUAUAGGUCAGCCUCUGUUAUUUAUCCUUGGUCAAAAUAAUUACAUCUUCUUGAACAGGUCGGCCCUCCUUAUGGUCUGCAAUCUAGGGUAUAAAGCCCUCAUCUCAACACUCCAUCACAUGUCCUUCACACCCUUCAACUUGUACGGCCUGUAAUGAAAUAUCAAGAGAAUCCAAAUGGCAUAAAAAGGACUACAAAUAACUUCAAAUAAUAUACCAACAAGAGAGUGACCAACAUAUGGUAUGGCCUGGUUGCACAAUAAAACUCCUUCAAAACCACCACAGAUAUGAGCAAACAAAAUAUCAAAACACUUAGAAAAUGUCCAUCUUUGCAUCCAAACUGUAAGAUAUUCACUUGCAGGCAUAGCUGUGACUUUUGGAUUGAAUCAUCAAAUCUGGCUAGGAGGGUUUUUGUCCUUGAAACUGGUAUUUCUUAGAGGUUUUUUGACCUCAAGAAAUAAGAAGCUCUCAACUCCUUAGAGUAAAAGCAGAUAUUAAAAAAUGGUAGCCCUUUUUUCUUCAUAGCUUCUCUUUUUAUAGCUUUUCUUGGUGAAUAAAAUAUUAAUUUUCUCAUUUUGGCUCCAUAUUCACUUUAAUAUCUAAAAAUCAGUUGUAAGUGUGACCACCUUUUUCCCCCUUGGGUCU